CCUUAACAUAUUUCUGUAUUUGAUAGUGUGUAUAUAUGUAUGUGUGUUCUCUAUCUUACGAUAGGUCAGUCUUCAUGGAAAUCGCCAAUUUAGUUUAUAUACAAGGAUGGACUUCCUUAUUCGUGGUAUAUGUAGCUGCACAAAAUGGCCCGCUGUGUUACAAUUGUGACCGGAUCCCCAAACAACGGGACUGCAACACCAUUGUUCAAUGUGGACCAAAUGAGAUAUGUUAUGGCGAACAUUACGUCACUUCCGGUGCAAUUCAGAUGUUCCGAUCAGGUUGCAGGGAUGCGGCUCAUUGUUCGAGGAGAAAGAAAAAGUCAGACUUAACACUGUGUAAAUCGUGUUGUACUGGAGACUACUGUAAUCUACAGACAUGUGACAUUCCGAUAAAGUUGGGUAAACGAUGCCUUGCGUGUGAUGACGUCAUUGAUCCCCAAAUGUGUACCCGUGAUAUACAAUGUGAUGAUGACCAGAUGUGUUAUGCAGAAGAAAUUUAUAACGCAAACAAAGAAAAGCGAUAUCGUCUAGGCUGCGCAGCAAAAACGAGUUGUGGAUAUCUCGGAGUCCCACAAAUUGGCCGGCGGCACGUGAUGACUAAGAGCCAAUCACGUGCGACAUCGUCAUACUGUGGUCAGUGUUGUGACACUGGACAUAACUGUAACCGUGAUCUAUGUCGUAAAGAUUCCAUUGGAUAUGACCUGCUGAUCCCCCCUCCUCUACAGAACUGUUUUGAUUACGACAGUUCACGUUGCUCUAGUCUGCUAGGAUCUGACCCUACAGUCUGUAAUGACCGGACGGUACGCUUCCUGAUGUGUCCAAGGAGCUGUGGUGUCUGCUUGGGCGCUGGAGGGAUUCCUGGAUUUCCAACAACCAUCGCCGUCCCACCACAGUACGACAGCGACACCUAGCGGCCAAUGUCCUCAAAACUUUGAACUACAACGUUGCCAGGUGAUCGAUUGCGCUAUCGGCUUGUGCUCUGACCCCCUCCUCCGACCUCUAUGUCGUGAAUACUGUUCAGGAUCGUGUCUGACUGUCGAUUGUUCCAAUACUAAAUUUGCUAACACCUAGCGCCUAUUUCGAUCAAAGGUUUUAUAUAGAGAAUGCUAUGAUCUAGAGAGUGUUACUUUGCAUGUUAGUGACAUCUGUCAUACAAUAGAUUGUGUUUGGUUUUUAAAUGUGUUGGUGUAAUUUAUCUUUUGUUAGAGUAAAUAUUCUACAAGCUCAAAUGGUACCGCAUCUUUAAAUCUAGGUAUCAUCCAAUCGUCGUAUUCAUGUGUUGAAGAUCCUUAACAAUUAGACCAAUGUAAUAUCUCACUUAAUCAUAAUGUAUCAUGUUUUCGCGUACUUGUGAUUCAGAACCUGACUCAAAAAUAGGCCAGUAGCUCAAUACAAUACUGUACAAGUUUAAUCUGUCAAUGCAAAAAUAAUUUGCAUCUAGAGUAAUCAGUGAUGUGGUCCUGAGUGUUUUGAAUUCAAAUGAUUCAUCUACAAUAGGUAUUAAUUAAUGUUAAAAUCUAGAUUGGGAGAUGGAAUUACCCGUAAAUUCAAUUAAAUUCAUUAUUGUCAAUUUUAGACUUUAAAAAAAUGUUAAAAACUGUAUAGUGUA